AUGGCCACCAUCACCACACAGAACCUUGGCGCUUUCUUCUGCGAGCCCUCCGCACCGCCGUCCGAGCUCUGCCCUCAGAGGCUUCCUGGCGCAGACGAGGAGUCCAUCAACGCGCUCUUACACGUCCUCAAGGACAAUCACCAGAAGUAUCACAUUUUCUUCAACCAUCAGAAAUUCCACAACCAUAUCACCCAUCGUGCUCUUGCGCUGUACGCAUUGGGCGCACCAGGCCCUCUUAUUCAAGCGUACUACGACUACGAUGGCAACCUUCAGCGCCCCGCGUUCAGGUCACCUGGAGAGAUUACGAAGGAAAACUUCGUCGAGCACUUAGCUGAUGAAGACUACUACUCCGCUUAUCUUGACUUCUUUGCGAAGGAGGUCCAAACCCUCGGUUCGGUGGAGACGCUGGAGAAAUAUGUGUUCUCGGACGAGUACAAUGUCUCUCAGGCAUUCAUGCUAGCUCGCUACUGGGGUGCGGUGCUUCAUCCUGCCAUCCAUGCCGGAUACGGGCUUGAGUUUGGGAUACCCGGAAUGGCCGUCGAAGGUCUUGCGAUGGCAGCCGUGACACCUAUCCCCGAAACUGAACUUUUGGGUGCCUCUUUCUUCAAGACCAUCCCCGCACUUGACCCCACGACACAAUCUAUCACCUCUAAAGUCUCCACUCUCCUCCUCGGCCCCGGCAAAUCCGCCUCAAAGCCAGAUGCCGCCGGCACGACGGCUGUCUUUGACAUCCUCGCGCGCAUCCUGAAGGACGACAGACUCGGCCCGCAUAAGACGCCCGAUAUGUUCGCUGCCUAUGGAUUCACGGUGACCAAGCGCGGGCCGCUCAUUCGGGAGUACGCUGACAGUUGGACGAUCGACACGUUGAAGUCAGGCGAAAUCGAGCGCAAGAUGGAGGAGCUGUUUUGGAUGAACACGCUCAUCUACGCUGUUGGCGGGUGGUCUGAAGAGGAGUUCAAGGCAGAUUUUCUCUACAUGCACCUCGUCACGUCCGCCCUCUUCCUCCCCUCACACAUCGCCCACCUCUCCCCACGCUCGCAGAUCAUCUACCUCCGCUCCUUCCUCACCAUGUCCCUCACAACCUGGAUCAUGCGCGGCCGCGCCCCGCUACCCCUCACCACCUUCUGGACCGCCACCUCGCCCUCCUCACCCACUCACAUCCCUCUCAAACCCGGCACACUCUCCCUCAACUUCACCGCGCCGCCCGCCGUCCCCGCCGCCGCGCUCGCGAACCCGAACCCCUGGCUCGCGAUCGUACACAGCGCGAUCGUGCACGAGAACGACCACUACGCGAAGAUCGUGUGCGCGUUUAUGCACUGUGCGCGGGUGUACGGUGCGCGGCCCGCUGGGUGGUGGGUUCGCGAGGGCGAGAAGGCGGAGCUGGAGGGACUGGGCGUGCUCGAUGGGAGCUUGUUCCUCCGCGCUGCGGAGCUCACGGCGGUGUUCCAGCAGGACGAGAACAAGGUGCACGGGUUGGCGGGGCAGAGGUGGGAUUUUAGGGGGUUUGGGUGCUAGGUUGGGCCGAGUGCUGAGGACAGUUGCGGGUGCGAGCUGAAGAUGUGUAUUGGCAUUUCGUAGGUUAUCAUAAAUCUAUCCUCGCUCCCAGAUAAGACACUAUGUUACAGUUACAUGGCUAUCUGUCGAAGAAGAUGACUGUUGCGUUCAGCAGUCGUAUAGU